GCUCACUGCUACAGACUUUGAUUGCCUCAAGGCGUUGUCGCUCGUUCUUCACAUUCUAUACACACCAGGGCUGUCACUCGUUUCCAGCUCCAUUCAUUCUUUACUUCCUACAAGCGAAGGCAAAAAGGCCGAAUAUUGCAAAAUUAUCUCCUAAGCUUUCUUGCGUAUCCAAAAUCGAUAUACCAACGCCCAACGUCGACCAGCUUACUCCCAAAGCUAUUUGCUCUUCCACUAUCGCUUUUGGCAGCCUGCGCAUCUCAAACUUCAUUCUUUUCUAUCAAUUCUACGAUCAAGAUGCAUUUCACCAAAGCUCUCCUGUUUACCGCCGCGGCUGUCGCGCCCUUCGCAUCCGCUGCAGCGCAAGCUGAACCGACCACGACCAUCACCGUCAAGCUGAUGAGCGUUGGCGCUUCUUCGACUCCUACACCGUCCCCCAGCAGCAGCAGCAGCGUCGUCAGCGUGACUCCAAGCAGCAGCAGCCCCUCCAUUCGACCCACCGGUGGCAUCUAUGUCCCCAGCUCCGGCCGCUGGAACUCAACCAGCUCUUCGAUCAUCAAGGUGACAGUUCCAGCCACCGUCAGUGGCCCCUCGCAGACAAACGCUGCUGCCUCCGCGGCCUCGUCGGCACCAUCCCAGGGCGGCGCCGCUUCCUCGAUCAACUUCUCCGGCCCUCUGACUGCUGUUGCCAUGGCUCUUGCGGGAUUUGCCAUGUUUUAGAGGGUGAAUUGAAGUCUACCAGACAUCCAGCGCUUGAAUAACCACAAUUGAAGCGAUCUCCUUCAUCUUCGGGGUUGGGUGCGGCCGUCCAUGAUCGCGCAUCAAUGUUCGGGGAAUGAGGAAUUCAGACAUAUAUUUUCCUAUAUAUCUUACUUCGCUGGACGAUCCUUAUCGCCCAUCUUGUCAUAUAUACAUUUGCACUCUUCUUCUAACCUGUAUCUAUUGAACUCGACUCCGUCCGCCACGCACACAUUGUUUAAGCGUUAUGAUCUGGGCGCGCUGGUCUGUCAUUCAUCACUUUAACUUCACGUCCUCUAAUUUAUGUCUGUCUAUAACCUUCCUU